CAGUAUUCCAUCAUGGACCACACAGGAUAGAUGGCCUAAGUUCCUACUUCAUUGUGGUUGGAAGUCAGUUCAGCUGAGCUAAAUAGGUCGAUGCUCAUUUCAAAUUACUUCACUUGCCAUAGUUGCUUCUUAAACCCGGAAUGCUUAUCUUGCUUUAACUUGCACUAUACGAUCUCCAAACAUUUAGUUUCCCUCUUCAUAUUUUAUCCCUUUUCUUCUUUGGCACCUUCUCCAACUCAAAAGUUCUUUUUUACCUUUUUCUGUUUACGUUACAUGCCCUUACUUUCUGCUCACUUCCGAUGUUCCUUAGUGCUUCUGCUUUCUUUCGUCUCAUUGUUUCACUCUCUCUGUCUCUGCUAUCUCGUCCCAUGUGUUGAUCAUUCUGUUUUCUGAUGGUUUCCGCCUCCUUGUUGACAUUCUGGAGAGCUCAGACAGAUGUUAUGUUUUGAAGGAAAUCUAAGACACAGCUUCAGCCUCUGCAAUCUGGACUCUGACUCAGAAAUCAGGAAAUGGAGCCAGUAGAGAUGAGAAGGAGUUGCAAAGUAUUCUGAACAAGCACUCAUACCGGAGGAAGAAGCAAAGAUUUUUUUUUGCUGUGUUGAGUAUUCAGAUUGAGGUGGUUGAACAUGAAUCUCCCUUUUACUUUCUUCCUCAUCAUUGAAGUUUGUGCAUUCCCAAUGUGUGUGGAUGGAUUCAUAAGUAGGCACCCAUAUGCUCAUCUGCCCGGACAUCAACAAAGGGAAGAAGACACCUAUGCAAGUCCAUACAGACCGAAGCAUGACUUCGCUCAAACAGAUGCAAAUCAGCCACUGAGCAAGGCAGCGGAAGCCAGCACUGGCCACUGCGUCCAGUGUUGUGAUCGUAUCGACUCUUCCACACACCGCAGGCAUCGUUACCGUUACCUUAAUGGCGAACCGCUGAAGUUUGAAGUAGUUCCUCAGAUCAACCUUACUAUUCUCAAAGGUGAUAAGGGUGAAAGAGGGGUGCGAGGUAGUUAUGGAAAGAAUGGAAGAACUGGAAUUCCCGGACCGCCAGGGCCAGCGGGUUUAAAGGGUGCAAAGGGAAAUGCAGGGAAGUUUGGAGAUCCUUGCAAAUUAUACUAUGCUGCUUUCUCAGUGGGCCGAAAGAAGGAACUACACAGUAAUAAUUACUAUCAGAUAUUGGUGUUUGAUACUGUCUAUGUCAAUCUGUAUGAUCAGUUUAAUAUGUUCACUGGGAAGUUUUAUUGCUCCAUCCCAGGUGUUUAUCACUUUAGCCUAAAUGUACACACCUGGAAUCAGAAAGAAACCUACAUGCACAUCAUGAAAAAUGACGAGGAGGUUGUUAUCCUGUAUGCACAACCCAGUGAUCGCAGCAUCAUGCAAAGUCAAAGUGUUAUGAUAGAUCUGGAACACGAUGAUGAAGUCUGGGUUCGCUUGUUCAAAGGAGAUCGAGAGAAUGCCAUUUUCAGUGAUGGGUUUGAUACCUAUAUCACCUUUAAUGGUUUCCUGAUAAAAGCAAGCAGUGAGAACUAACAGGACGUCUGAUGGACAGUUACAAAAAAACAUAAAAACUACAGGUAUCUGCUUUAAAAGAUUAAAAAAAAUCUUUUUUCUUGAUUUGCAAUGAGUAAAAUCAUCUUGGUUAUUUUGUAAACACUGUUUAAUCUCAAUGUUUAAUAGCAUUCAGCUAUCCUCGCUAAAGUAAUAUUGUUUGUUCUUAUCUGAUUUGUUUCCCCAUAUUUUCCUUCAAGAAGUUCCAUGCCUUCCAUUUAAUGUCACAAACACUCACUUUCCUAUAUCUGAUAUUAUGUGUUUUAAGAUAAGUGCUGUGAUAUUCCACUGCAUUCACUCAAUCAAUCUGCUUUCAUAAAAUGUGCUUGUACAAUUGGCAUUGCACUGCCAAGGUGUGAAACAGGUUUUGAAGUUGUAAACUAUAGUUCAGAAAUGUCUGAGUUAUAUUGCAGAAGAAUUUGAGACAAGAUAUCAAAAAUUACAGAAAAGCCUCCACUCUGUGGUUAUCUGGAAGGGAAAAAUUUCAGCUGGCUGCCUGGACAUGGACUAAAUAGUUUUCAGAGUAGGAGCACAGCAUUUUACUCUCGCUAUGAAAUUCAGUUCUACUGAAAUUAAUGAUGUUGGAAGUAGAACAGAACAUGAAGCUAAGAUGAGCAAUCUGUUUUUGUCUAAGGCACAUGCAGUUUAAUUAGGUUGAUUUCUUUUCUAUUUGUCUGUUUUUCUAUAAGUUCAGCUUUUGUUUAAGAAAAAUGUUUGGGUCAUAGAGUCAUAAAGUAAUACACAAAGGAUACAUACCAACUGUGGCUCCCACCAAGCUAGUACCAAAUCCCUGCAUUCGGCACAAAUCUCUCUAAGUCAUAUUCCUCAUUAUACGCAUCUAAAGGUGCUUCUUGAAUGAUACUAUUCUGCUCCCUCAACCACUCCACUGGCACUUGUUCCAUAUACUCACCACCCUCUGUGUGAAAUAGUUCCCAUCAGAUCCCUUUUAAUUCUUUCCCACCUCACCCUAAAUCUAUACCCUCUGAUUUUAGUUUCCCUACCCUGGGGAAAAGGCUGUCACUAUCUAUGCCUCUCAUAAUUCUGAACAUUCCCAUAACAUAACAUUCUGAACAUGCCUCUCAUUCUCCAUGAGAUCUGUUGUGACUAUUCAAUUAUUUUGACCCAUAGAUCUGCACUUGUGCAACAGUAACAAAUGAGCCCAUGCUUUAAAAAUUACUUUAUCUGAGAGGUAGGGAUAAAGCUAUGAAAUUCAAAGCAAUGACAAACAAUGGCAUUCCAUAGCCCAUUGAUCGUUUAAGAGAGCAGGGAGAUUUUAGCUCCCAGACCCUCAUCGACUGUCAGUGACCUGGCUGUGUCGGCUAAAAGCAAAGAGAAAUAAAAACAGAAAACACAGGGGAUACUCAACAGAUCAAGCAACAUCUGCAGUGAUGCACAGUAGAUCUUAGCACUGGGAUCUGCUAAGUAUUUCUAGCACUUCAUGUUUUUACUUCAGACUUCUUAUCACCUGCAGUUUUAAAAAUUUCAAUUAGCCAAGGGAACAUAAUGGAGUUAAGUGUUAUUAUGAGUUGCUGUCCAUUUUACGGAAUUCAUGCAGGUAGUUAUUUUGUGCAACCUUGCUAACUAUUUACAUUCUUCUCCUGCCUUUCUUAAUUGAAUUCUUCCUUAGUGAGAAUGUCUGCCGCUUUAGAAUUAAAGGCAGAUGUCUCCAAUACUCCUCAGCUGGUCAGACUGGAUCUGUAGAAAGGGAAACAGAAUUAAAGUUUCAAGUUGAGGGCCUUUUGUCAGGACUGGGAAUGUGAGAAAACACUUCAGUUUUUACAAUGAAGAGACACCAUCACCAUUCUUUUGUCAUAUCCAUCCUCUCCAUGUUACUCGCAACUUUAAAACUAACUAGUUUUCUCAAUUUCAUCAACCUGAAACCUUGACUCUGUUUUUCUCUUUCUGCAGAAGCUGCCUGACCUGUUGAGUGUCUCCAGCAUUUUCUAUUUUUCUUUCUCCUUCAGUUUUGUUUUGAUUUUUGUUUUCAGUUUUAUAAGUUGCAUGAGGGAUUUAUGAAUGGGGAGGUGCUAUUUCUAAACCUUCUGACUUUUGGUCAAACUUACUGGCAUUUUAUUACAGCAAUAAUAAAGGAGCAAUAUUUGGACAAACCAGCUAAUAUACUUUUAUCAUAAUAUGUGAAAUAGUCAAUUCAUAGAAAUAGUGGUUGAUGAAAUGGGAGUGUGUCCUAUUGAAUAUUAAAUAUCAGUUCUUGUAGAAUCACCUGGUAGUACUGAAAAUUGCUUCAAAUUUCAUAGCUCCAACUUUAAUCAAAGUUUGAAAUAAUCUUGACAUCUGCUUUGACAUGUUAACUUUUUAAAAUGCUUCACUGAUGUGAUUCAUAGAAAAACAAAAGUAAUUAUCACAGAAGUUAUAAAAUCAUAUUUGUGUAUUGCUGAUUUAAUGAUAUAUUUUUGGUUAAAUGCAAUAUGCAUUCAGCAUCCUGACUGUUGUUGCCAUUGUUAAUUUGGAAUUGUUUACACAUAAAAUAAACAACAACAAGAUCAGUGCACAGAAUUUGAUUUUUUUUGUGAAAAUGACAAUAACUUACACCAUUAUAGGGAACAGGCCAUUUUCCAUUUUAAGAAUCUGUUUUAAGCAUUUGCACACCCCUGCGUCACUUAUACCACAGGAUUAGUGACUGACUCUGCUCAAUUUCAACAUUAUCACUUAAUCCCCGUGAUGGAAUAUACCCUCUGCUGCAUCAACAGCACUCAGCUCUCAAUCAGUUCAAGUACAAUCUUGCAAAGGAAAAUGAGUUUUAUCUACCAACGCUACAGAAAAGACUGGAGGAACUCAGCAGGUCUGUGGUAGUCAGGCAGUAUCUGUGGUGAGGAAUACCAUUCCAGGCUGAGAUCCUUCUUCAAGACCUGCAUUUUGUGUGUGUUGCUCUGGAUUUCCAGCAUCUACAGUCUUGUGUUUUAUCUUACAAAACUGUUUGGAAUCCCAUACAUUUCAGAUGGUGCAGUGGCAUCAGCUGGACUUCAGGGUGAGAGGUCCCAAGUUUGAAUCCGGCUGGCUCCCUUGCACGCUCUCUGUGCCUUCUGUGCGUGGGUUGAGUGCUAGCAAGCUAGCAAGUUGAACUCGUAAAACCUGAAGAGGGAUGGGCUCCGCCAGAUUUCA